AGUACGAUUAGUAAAUAUAGCUACAGUAUGUUUGAUUCUGGUUUUCCGUUCGUUGUGUUUCUCAACACUUGCCUAAGUUUUCAGAAUACCGGCUACGGGUACCAGUUAUCCCGCGCGCGCCCUAUCUGACUAUAGAAACGGGCGGGACAGAUGUGAGGGCAGAAAAGCGGAACGUCAUAAUAUUUUAAACAUUUGUGGAAAAUAUACUUGGUUGUUAUUAAAUUUGCUAACUACUGUUGAUAUGUGAACUCAUAUCAAUUUGCUUCAACUGUUGUUGACUACAAAGUUAAUGACCGCACAGCAGUAGGUUGCAAGCCAGUUAACGUUACUGUAACUAGCUAGCUUCUAGCUGGAUUGACAAAUUACCACCUGACCUUUCCUGUGCUAGUUAGCUAGUUGGUUUAACCAACGACUGUCCUGCUAAAAAUGACAGUGACCAGCGCUAUUUUCUAACAUAACGUUAAGUAAUCUUAUUUCAUUAACAAGAUGGCUUAUUCGCUCACGUUAGAUACCUUUUGAGCAGCGCAGGAGAAAUUAGGCAUGGUUUCUAUCUAUGUUGGCUAAACAACUAGGUUAUUUAGAUUUUUAAUGUUUUAUUGUUUCAAUACCGGCUAGAUAUUAGGUAGCCAGCUGUCUAAGAAUCGUAGUAACGUAACGUAGUGUGGACACGUGUCCGCCGUUAAUUAGCUAGAUAGCUAGCUAGCUUCCAAUUCGCCGUAAGUCAGUAACGUAGUCAGUUAUGAGUGUCGUCGGAUAUAAAGUUUAUUACUAUCUAAAACAGAAUAUGAUGGCAGCAUUCUCUUGAUAAUGAAAACUGUCCAACUUGAGUUAGUCUGCGUCGUGAGCAGCCUGCUGGUGUGACGUAGUUAGCUAGCAUGCCAAAAUGCGAACUGAUGUUCACAAGCUAUGUACUGUCUCCGUUCCGCUAACGUUGGCCGAUGAUGAAAUUCUCAUAAUAAAACUCUUUUUCGCGAGAGAGGUUGUCUUGUUGGCUGUCAUUGAAAAAGUAAACUAGUGAUGACUUUGCUGUCGGUUUAUCUGCGCAAAACUAACGGCAACUAGCCUGCAAUCAAUAUUCUAAGAACGUGUAUUGUGCCUCGGAAGAUAACGUUAAUUAGCUAACGUAGUUGGCUAGCAUUAGCAGCGUGUGCUUCUGUGUAUUAUAUUUUAAACUUCGCUUGCUAACAUUGCAGACAGACACAAAGUGCCACACUACUUUAUAAGUAUGGCAUUAUGGAAGGUUGAGACGAAUAGUACAAUCUGUAGUUGGUUGUACGUGUAUGAAGUUGACAUAUCAUUAGCUAAGAACAAUGGAGGUGCAUGUGAUUAGCUAGCUCGCUGGCCAUUUUGAUUUCUCGGGCCAUGGCGUAGACUGAAUCAAUACGCCGGUGAAGUGGGUUCACUUCCUUAGCAACUGCGACAGCCGUUCCUCAAUGAUUCCACCAUAUUUAUUACAUAAUAAAUGAACUCUGACGUACGCACGGUAUUGGCGAUAAACCCGAAAGUACAGAAACCAUAUACUAUAUAAAUGGACAGAUACUAUGUGUUUAAUACCUAGCUAGUUAUGAUUUGGCACCAACAAUACGUGGCAAAUCGCAAGCUACGUAGCACCAAAUUUAGCUUGAAGUAACAGUAUUCAGCACAUGCAUAACUGGUUAGUCGGUCGGCACUGUAUUAUCAUGAAUUCUGACGUAUAAUGAGGCCGUUUAUUAAAAUGAAUGCAGUCCAGAGGAUGGCGGUGGAGUUUUGACUAAUUUCUUGAUAAAUAUUUGAAUGUUUAAUGUAGUAAAUGUUUGGAGUGUCUUGGAGCUAGUAAUGCUGUCUCUACUCUUGAACACCCAAGACAUACCUGCAAAAACUCCCCAUUAUAAUUUAUGUUAUCAUACAGAUAUUUGGUUUCAACAAUACAGUCAUACUUUGCACUUCCUAUGUUAAUCAUGGUUAAUAAAACGAGGGUAAUAAAACAGGUCGCAUGCAAGCAUGGGUGCCGGGUGUAGUCUGUUCUAGUCUUGUUUUAUUAACCGUUAUGUCACCUAGGAAGUUCUAGUUGCUUGAUAUGCUUCUUUGUGCAGUGGCUAAAGGUGCCUGACCUCCCUUUAGCGAAUAUUAAAAACCCAGCAAAUUGGAGCACUUUGCACUUAAACGGAGUCAGACCUUUCGAGGUUAAACAUAUUGAGCAAAUAUGUUUGUGUGGAACGUAUGAGGUUAUAGUGUUGUUUCAGUAGCAUAACUAAGGGGUUGAGAAUUUUACCAAACUGAGUGUGUAUGUAAUUCUGUCAGUUAUUUUUUCUGAAGGCGAUAUCUUGUCUGGUGAGGCCACUCUUCGUCUGGUGGUUUUACUUUUUGUUUUGAUUGUGCAAUUGGACAUUUGGUACUAUAAGGGGUCUCUUCUGGCCUUGGUCUUGGAUUCUCAGUAUUUAUGGUGGGUCUUGUAUGACCCUGUUGCCAAACGUAGUGAAAGACCAGCUGCUUCUUGUGUGUACUUUUUUUGUUGAAUGUUGGUUCCUGGAUUUGUGUGCAUGGCUAUUACCGUCAGAUGUGAUGAAAUGGCUUUGGUCUGUUGUAAGUGCAGCUAGAAACCAAGUCUUAAUGGCUCUUUGGUUGGAUUAGAGUUGCGUGUGCUAGAACAAACUAAAAAGUGCCUUUUGUUCCUGUAUCAAUUUAAGGCAGGCUCUGUGCCAGUUCACUGACCUUUAUAUUGGCCGCGAAGCCUCGUAGCUGACCAGGACAAUUCUUUUAAAGCAGGGCUGUUCUGUUAGCAACCCAGCGGCCAAAUCGGGCCCACUGCAAACGUAGCAUUGGCCCCUUUGGCCUGUGGAGACCCGCAAAAAGUCCCAUAUAUGUUUCCAUAUGUAUCAAAAAGAUGGCGGCUAUGUCCAGGUCAGCAUCUGGACAGUAUCAGCUUACCGCUGCCAGGGACAGUAACACGGACAGUGACAGGCUUUCCGUGUAUGUACACAUUAACACCUGUCACUCACUUCUUGCCACUACUGGUAUUUUUAAACGUUGGGUCGAGUUCUGAGUCUUUACGUCCAUGUUACGCAGUGUGUAGCCGCAUGACGAGAAUGAUGGAAAUGCACACACACAGCUAAGCAGGCUAACUUGGGGUGAUCACAUUUCUGAGGAAGAAAAAUUAGACCCAAAGCGUUGUAAAGUGCUGAUCUGGACAGAACAUGAAUUGAUCAAGAACACUGCUGUAAGUGAAUACGUAAUGAGGGCUAUUCUGAAUGUGACACAGGCCUAAUUGCUACACAUUGUAAGAAUGCACUUGUUGUUUAUGCAGAUGUACAUCCAGUGAUUAAAUGUCUUAUUUGGCAUUAGGAAAUGCCUGCGUUCACCAUUUAAAAAGUGGUUUAUGUGGAAAGGUAGUUGAAGAGUCCUGGCUUUCACACUUCCAUGAAAAGUAGCAUGGCACUCUUACGUAUGAGCAGUAACAUGACACAGUAUCAGUGCGGAGCCAGCCACACUUCUGAAGAACUGGCCUGCCUGCUAGUGAUAGAUAAUGUGGCUUUGCUUUGAUUGGUCACAUUUACAGCGUCCCGGAACAUGUCGUUUUGUACUCUUGCCCUCCAGCACCUGUGACAUUUUGUUAGGGAAACUUAGAAUUCCUUUUCCAAAGACCAGACAUCUUGUGACACAUUCAGGACGGUUUUCGGUUUGGGCAAGAACAGGAGCACAUGCGUGUAUUCGGAGAAGUGUCACCAUUCGGAGUCUGUUGCACAAUGGAGACCUGCUCAAUUUGUUUACCCACCCAGCACCAAACAAAUCAUAAAAGAAACUAGCACACAGAGAGAGGGUUGCAAUAACCUCUGUUUUUACCACCCUUUCCCGGCCCCGUGUCUCUUGGCUGAGCCAACCACAUCCCGUUGUUUACAUUUUAAUUUCCCUAAUCUUCUUAAAGAAGACAGAAGGCCCUUCUGUUUUUUUGUAUUCACAAAAUUCACACAAACAUCAAUUUUGUGCCAAUUAUCUGAAAUAUUUCCAAAGGUAAUUUUUAAAAUUUAGAUAUGACGACUCUAGCUACUGUAACGUUGGCCACCACCGCGGCUGUGGCUGCGGCUGCUCAGGCCUACCUGCCAGACUACCUGUGGCUGCUGGUGCUGGGCUUCAUCAUCGCCUUCAUCCUGGCCUUCUCUGUGGGGGCCAACGACGUGGCCAACUCCUUCGGCACGGCGGUGGGCUCGGGCGUGGUCACACUCCGGCAGGCCUGCAUCCUGGCCACCAUCUUUGAGACGGUGGGCUCCGUGCUGCUGGGGUCGAAGGUCAGCGAGACCAUCCGCGAAGGCAUCAUCGAGGUCAAUAUGUACAACGGAACGGAACACCUGCUCAUGGCCGGCUCAGUCAGCGCCAUGUUCGGUUCGGCUGUGUGGCAGCUGAUGGCUUCGUUUUUGAAGCUCCCCAUCUCUGGCACCCAUUGCAUUGUGGGUGCCACUAUCGGCUAUUCCUUGGUGGCCAGAGGUAAUCGAGGACUCAACUGGAUGGAGCUGCUCCGCAUUGUUGCUUCCUGGUUCCUGUCUCCCCUUCUGUCUGGCAUCAUGUCUGCAAUCCUCUUCUACUUCAUCCGUAUGUUCAUCCUGGCGAAGGAGGACCCGGUACCCAAUGGCUUGAAGGCCCUGCCUGUCUUCUAUGCAGUCACUAUGGCAAUCAACCUUUUCUCCAUCAUGUACACGGGAGCUCCAGCGCUGGGGUUCCCGAACGUCCCGUGGUGGGUGACGCUCCUCAUAUCACUGGCCUGCGCCGCCCUCACCGCACUCGUGGUCUGGUUCGCCGUCUGCCCCUACCUCAAGAGGAAGAUUGACCGUGAAAUCAAGUGCAGCCCCUCCGAGAGGCCGCUGAUGGAGAAACGGGACCCUGAGGCCCUGUGCCUGACGACGGUGCCCGAGGAACCCCCCAAACCCCCCACCCCCUCCCCGGAGCCCCCCGCCCAGCCGCCCCCCGCCGAGGAGCGCAGAGUCACCAUGUCCAUCGGGGGCUGCGACGACUGUGACGACAAGGAGGCCAAGGACACUGACUGCACCAACAACAACAUCCAGAACGGCAGCCCGCACGUCCAGUUCAGCACGGGCCCCGCCCACAUCCCCAGCAGCGGCUACAGCCAGUACCACACGGUGCACAAGGACUCGGGCCUGUACAAGGAGCUCCUGCACAAGCUGCACCUGGCCAAGGUGGGCGACUGCAUGGGCGAGUCGGGCGAGCGGCCCAUCCGCCGGAACAACAGCUACACCUCCUACACCAUGGCCAUCUGCGGCAUCCACGCGCACGGCGAGCUCCGCCCCCGCGACACCGAGCCCCGCCCCCUGGGCGAGGAGCUGGCGCCGCUGGAGCGCAAGCGCGUGCGCAUCGACAGCUACACCAGCUACUGCAACUCCAUGGCCGAGAAGGGCGCCAGCGAGGGGCUGGACCUGGGGCUGGGGGAGGACCCCGUGGCGCUGGAGAUCCGGGACGGGGCCGCCGGCGGGCCGGGGGGAGGGCGCGGCUCGCCCGAGGACGACGCCGCUCCCGAGGACCGGCCCGAGGUCUCGCUGCUCUUCCAGUUCCUGCAGAUCCUCACCGCCUGCUUUGGGUCCUUUGCCCACGGGGGCAACGAUGUCAGUAACGCGAUUGGCCCGCUGGUUGCCAUCUGGUUGGUGUACCAGAGUGGCAAGGUGGUUGGUCCCACACCGGUCUGGCUGCUGCUGUACGGAGGCGUGGGCAUCUGCGCCGGGCUCUGGGUUUGGGGCCGCAGGGUCAUCCAGACAAUGGGCCGGGACCUGACCCCCAUCACCCCCUCCAGUGGUUUCAGCAUCGAAUUGGCCUCUGCAGUCACUGUGGUCGUCGCCUCCAACAUCGGCCUUCCUGUCAGCACCACCCACUGCAAGGUGGGCUCAGUGGUGGCCGUGGGCUGGCUUCGCUCCAGGAAGGCGGUGGACUGGCACCUGUUCCGGAACAUCUUCCUGGCGUGGUUCGUCACCGUGCCCAUCUCCGGCCUCAUCAGCGCCGCCAUCAUGGCUCUCUUCAUCCACGUCAUCAUCACCUGAGCGUUUCCGCACCACAGCCGCCCCCAGCGGGAACAGGGGCCUCCGUCUCCCACUUCCGCCAUCAGUCCCGGGACCCCCCUGCACCGGCAGCGGCUCCAAAAACCCACCCCCCCACCUUACCAAACACCAUCCCGGGGCUCUCCACCUCUCUGUUCAUCAAAAGCUUUCUAUUGGUGGCAAACAAGGAGAGGGAGACUUCCAUUCCUCUUACUGGCUGUAUUUAAAAAAAAAAAACAACAACAACAAAAAAAGAAACACUUGUUUGCUCAUUCUGUUCGUCUGGCUAGUUUGUUCUGUACCUUUGUUAUCUCUGCUGUAUAUUUUGCCGGUUGGCACCUCGCUCUUGUUAGGCUAGAAUGUAGUGACUUGAUUUUCUUUUUGGAUUUUUGUAAUUAUGUACAUACAAGUAAGUUCUUAGUUUUAUUUUAUACACAUAACAAGAUUGACAAAAGAGCAAUAACAAUGCAAUAUUAGCAAUUUUUUUUAUUUGUGACUCGCUAAUACCUAGGAUAAGCAGUAUUUUUUAGGUUCUAGUGAGCUAGUAAGGGCAUAUCUUGGCUUAGUUGUUUGUGUGUGUGUGUGUGUGCUGUGUUUGAUUGAGGGUGCGUGUGUUUCAUUGAGAGUGUGUGUGUAAGUGAGUGAGUGACCGAGUGCGUUGGUAUCUCUAGACGCGUGUGUAGCGUGUGCUGAAUUUGGCUAUCUAUAAUUUUUAAAAAUAGUUUCACCAACAGGUAGUGGGCAGGCCUCCCUCCCUGUUACCUAGUAUUUUUGAGGUGAAUGAUUGACAGUGUGUCGUUGGAGGCCAAACGUAUCCCAUCACCCCCUCAGAUCACGCGUCUGCUAAUUGGAACUUGCCGCACUGUACAUGGCCUGUUUUAAACACCGCGAGAGUAAGCACCCUUUUGUGAUUGUAAAUUAAAUUGUUGCAAGUGUUGCCCUUAAUUUUCAUGCAGUUUCAAGUACUGUGUCUUCACAAUGUAAUACGCACACAUGCUGCUGGGAUUUCCCAAGCUGGUAGACCAUAUGAAUAUUAUUAAUAGAGAAGCUGAGUCCCCAGUAAAUUAUUAUUAUUUUUUUUGUACUUGACUUACCGUGUUACUUAUUAUAAUCGCGUGCCCUUGUGAGACAGGGGAAAUAUAAUAGAAAUGAGACACUGGUGCUGUUGCUUUUUGAACAGAGAGCAGUUGUAACUGGAAGAUGUCUUCUGGCCGUUCUCUCUGUAGGGAUGAUGGGCUCCCAGGAGCAUCGUCACCAGCCACAGUCUGGGCUAUUCCGUUUCCUCAUCAGUGUACUCUGAUUGGCUCUUGUCUGGUUUCUGUGCGAAAAAGUGGCAGCAGCAUUGUCCCAUAUCCAUUUUAUUAUUCCCGUUUCAAUGAGUUGGGUCUGUCUAGUUAAAGCCACCCAGACAGCUAAAUGCAUUUGUUGCCAUAAAACCCCUAUUCUCUCAGUCAGUGACCAUUGUUCAGCCAUCACAAAGGAAACAUCUCACCCACCUGACAUUUGAAACUUCUACAGCUACCGUAUUACUCCUGUUAGCUGCCGCACUCAAUUAACGCAGCUGUCGAAUAAACACCAUUGGGAUUUUGAAAUGCACGACACGGCGAUUAUUCAAAGUAGUAUGGUAUUAUUUGAACCAAAGGUUGUUUUUUUUUUUUUAAACUGGCAAAUGGGAGAAAUUAAAAUACAAUAUUAUCUAAAUAUUAUGGCCGGUCUUGCUGUAGAAAAGUGUUUAUUUAUUUAGCCGCUACACAGAUUUAAGCUUCAAAGUUCAAUAGCUUCGGUCUUGAAUUUUUCUUUCUUUUUGGGGGUGAGGGGGAGGGGUGUGGUAUUUAUCACGAGUACACUACUGCCACACCAACUGAAAGAUUUAGUGAAAUGUUGAAUGUCACAAUCUUUUCCUAUAGCUAAAGUAACAUCUCCUCAAACAUUAGAAAGAACAUAUAGUGGUCGGACCUGAUUUUUACAAAAUAAAAGGUAAAAUUUAAAUGGGGUUAUUCCUAAAAGGAGUCUGAACAAGCAGCCCUUUCUGAAGACCUGUAAGGAGGAACACACAAUGUCUUUCUCAAUACAUGAGUAAAUAAAAUCAAUAAACUAAAAAUUACUACUAUUACUGUUAUUAUUAAUUUUAAUUGAAAGGGAUACAGAGAUUUCUUGGAGUAGAUGUAAAGUAGUUGAUAGUGAUUAGUGAGAAUGGGGUGUAGUCAUUUUGAGCUAAUUUCGAUUUUUAAGAAAAAAUAAUUUGCACCUUGAGGAUGGACUUUACGUAUGGCAAGACAAAUUCGAGACCGAAGGUAUAUCCGUAGGCUUCACUGAUGUUUAUAACGCUUUGCAAGCAUGAGACUUUAAUUGGAUAGUUUAAAAAAAAAAAAAAAGUUUACUGACAAAUAUAGAUACUUUGACAGGCUUUUUGGGUUAAGAGAACAAAAUGAAAUGCAAAAUGACGGGGAUAAACAGUUUAACAUGAUGUAUGAUUACACAUUUUAGUUCCGUUAGAACUUGACCACACCGAAUCGUAGACGCGUGGUAGUUUUUAUGUUCUGCUGAAAUUUGUCUGUAAGCCUGAUACUUGAAUUCAGUCGUCAUAUCCUCAUUCUAGUACCUCGUGUCCGGCGGGCGAGGGGACAGAAUUGUCUCAGAAGACCCUGAACCGCGUGAAUCGGGCUCGGAACAUGCGGCCAUUUUGUUUGGUGCAGAGGAAGAACGCCUUCACCGGUCUGGGUGCUGUUUGAAGUGUUCUUGUGCUGGGUAGAGUGGAUGCAAAUACCAGUUGGUUCUGCUGGGCUGAGGAGAACAUUGCUGUUGUGAAGCCGCGAUCGGUAUUAUCAUCUUGGCUGGGAUUCACUCAAGCAAUUAGUCGCUGUAGAUGCCUUAUUAUCAUUAUUAUAUAUAUUUUUUUUAGGUACCAAAGAACAGACUGGAGAGUGUUAGAUUUGUACCAAUAUACAGGUGCAAGUAAUCUCUAUUUACUGGGCUUUGACAAAUGGGACGAAAAAAAAAAAAUUGUGAUGGACGAAAAAUAAAAAAAAAUUUUGAACAC